GUAUAUUCUGCAUCCUGGAAUUCCAGCCGUCUCCAUAGCAUCCAUCCAUCAAGGUAUCAGGUAUUCCAGGAUGACGCCAGUGGCAAAUGGGGAGACGAAGGGGAGCCAGCCAGCCAGCCAGCCAGCCAACCGGGCCACACCCCCUCUCUCUCCCUCGAUUCCCAGGCAUCUACUUACUAUCUUCUUCCUGCUCUUCCGAGUUCCCCGGGGGUAAAAAAAAAAUAAGAGUGAUGAUGUACCUUACCUGGUGGAACAAUACCCUUUCAAAAUAGCCACAACCAAUGAUGAUGAGUGGAUGGGUAUGGCGCGCUGGCUGCUUUGCCCCGGUACCUACAGGUGUCGAGCUGUGGAUGGCAAACAGCUUGCUUUCCUGGAGCUUCCGAGCUGGUGUGAGUGUGUGUGUGAGUGUGUGUGUCCGACACAAACCGGGGAUACUUGAUUGAUUGAUAAAUUGCAGAUGCAGAUGCAGAUGCAGAUGCAGCGGCCGUUGCAUUGAUGUGUG